AUCAUAACCCUCUCUCUCUCUCUCACACACACACACACACACGCACGCAGUACGUCUCUCUCUCUCUCUCUCUAAAAUGGCCUGUACAGCUUCACUGGUUCCUCAACGUUGUCCCAGCAUUCCUCUCCAUGCAUCCAAUAUACCAGAAUCAAGUAUGUCCAUUCCAGCAAAUUACGCCUACAGGCCCUACACCACAGACCCCAAUGAACCAGUUGGUUCAGAGCCUGGAGAUUCAAUCCCCAUCAUUGAUUUUUCCUUACUCACCUCCAGUGAUCCUGAUCAACGAUCCAAAAUAGUCCAAGACCUGGGCAAAGCCUGUGAAGAGUGGGGCUUCUUCCUGGUGAUCAAUCAUGGUGUGGGGGAGAGGCUGAUGAAAGGGAUGAUGGACGCGUGUAACGAGUUCUUCAAUCUAACGGAGGAGGAGAAGCGGGAGUACCAAGGGAACCACGUGUUGGAUCCCAUCAGGUUUGGGACGAGCGUCAAUGCCACGGUGGAUAAGGUCUUCUUGUGGAGGGAUUACCUCAAGCUUUUUCUGCAUCCACAUUUUCACUCUGUCAACAAACCCAUGGGAUUCAGUGACCUUUCCUUGGAGUACUCUAAGAGAACCCGAAAAGUGGCAGUUGAAUUAGUUAAAGGGAUAUCAGAGAGCUUAGGUCUAGAAGAAAGCUACAUACACAAAGCCUUGGAUAUGGACUCAGGCUUACAGAUUUUCGUGGCAAAUCUGUACCCGCCUUGUCCACAGCCUGAACAUGCCAUGGGCAUCCCUCCUCACUCCGAUCAUGGUGUCUUAACCCUCCUAAUACAGAACGAAAUCGGAGGCCUACAAGUCCAACAUAAUGGCAAGUGGGUCAAUGUCAAUCCCCUUCCCAACUCCUUUCUCGUCAACACCGCGCAUCACCUUGAGAUAUUGAGCAAUGGUAAGUAUAAGAGUGUUCUGCACAGAGCAGUUGUGAACAACAAAGCUACUCGACUCUCCCUUGCCAUGGGCCAUGGACCGUCGCUCGAUGCAGUUGUGGGUCCGGCAAUGGAAUUAGUGAACAGUGAAACUCAUCCAGCUGCAUGUAUUCCAAUGAAGUAUAAAGACUAUCUAGAGUUGAAGCAAAAGAACCAGCUUGAUGCCAAGUAUGGCUUGGAAAGUGCUUAAAUUGUGUAAUUAAGCAAUUAAACUACUUGCAUUGCAUGCAUAUCUGUGUACACAUAUUUUCAAUAAAGUUGCAUGUACUCUCAUAAAAAGAAAAAUGUCGAAGUAAUAAAUGUAAUUUUCCAUUUUCAUGACCUUCA